AUGCCAGCUAGACCCAAUUCUACAAUAAUCCUCUCAGAGACCAACAAACCAGAAAAAGUUCCCAUUUAUGUGCCGAACAUCCCAGAGCCAACGAGCAGAGCUGAGCUCAUGAAGCAUUGGAUUAACUUGACUUUGGACGAUAAGACUGCCAACAAGAUGUUGUGGAUUUCUGACAGUGGCUCUAAGGUGUGCCGUAGAACUGAGGAGGUUUGUCCUGUCCUGGAUAGACCAGAGAGAUACGAAUAUUCUCCACAGGUGGUGUGCAAAGAGGCUAUCUGGAACAUGAGGGCCUACUGGGAGGUGGUGUACUCUGGGUGGGCGGUAAUUGGAGCCGCCUAUGAAGGAGCAGGACGGAGGGCACAUUCUGGGCCAAGUGGUCUUGGAGAAAAUGAGGAGUCCUGGGGUCUAUGUUGGUCAGGAACGCGUUACCAGAUCUGGUUCAAUGGUAUGAACAAAGACAUAAAUGACGUCCCGCAAUGCUCCACAAUUGGAGUUUACAUCGACCAGCCUGCAGGGAUCAUAAGCUUUUAUGUUGUUACUGGUGAGGGGGCAGAGCGGGAGGUGCAGCUGUUGCAUAAAAUUAAGACUUCUAUUGAGAAAAAUAUUCUACCAGGUUUUUGGAUGGGGAUUCAGUCCUCAUGCGAAAUACUGAAGAGACUGGAAUGA